AUGGGUCAAGAUAACUCAAAACAAAAGAGACAGAGAGUUGAAUACAGUGGAAAGCAAGACGCCACUACUCCAUUUGAAAUUAGUGGAAAUAGUCUUUACAACCUUGUUGGUAAUAAAGAUGAAGCUCUUUUCAAAGAACUUGGAGGAACUGAAGGUAUUUGUAAACUUCUAAAGUCUAAUCAAACCAAAGGUCUUGAUGGAAAUGAUCUUAAAGAGAGAUACUCACAGUUUGGUCAAAACAAAUAUCCAGAUCCAAUUAUGAAAACAUUUUUCCAAAUGUUAGUUGAUUCUCUUAAUGAUUCAACACUUAUGAUUCUUAUUGCAUCUGCUUUUGUAUCAUUAUUUUUGGCAUUAGUUAUGCCAAAAAGUCAAACAUGUGGAGAAGAACAAGAAAUGAAUACAGACUGGAUUGAAGGACUUGCAAUUUUUGUUGCAGUUAUUGUUGUUUCUGUUGGAUCAUCAAUUUCAGAUUAUAACAAACAAAAGAAAUUUAUGGAACUUUCUCAAGAUGAAAAAAAUGUUAAUAUUAAAGUAGUUCGUAAAGGUGAAAAUACAUUAAUUUCAAUUCGUGAUCUUGCUGUUGGAGAUCUUGUUAAUUUAGAUGUUGGAGAUAUUAUUCCAGCAGAUGGUGUAUAUGCAUCUGGAUUUGAUCUUAGAGUUGAUGAAUCUGAUAUGACAGGAGAACCUGUUGCUGUAAAGAAAUCAGAAAAAGAUUAUUGGAUGAUGUCAGGAACUAAAGUUACUGAUGGUAAUGGUCAAAUGAUUGUUACUGCUGUUGGACUGAAUUCUCUUUGGGGUAAAACUAAAGAAUCUCUUAACCAAGAUAAACCAAGACCAACUCCAUUACAAGAAAAAUUAGAUGAACUUGCAGAACAAAUUGGUAAACUUGGAAUGGGAUGUGCUAUUGUUGUUUUCACAAUUCUUUGUAUUUAUUGGGUCAUUGAUGCAAUUAAUUAUAAACCAAUUCUUGUUUGUGAUAAUGAUCCAUGCAAACAAUGGACUGAAGAAAGUAAAGCAACUCACAAUUGUGAACUUAUUGGAUUUAAUUGGAUGCAUUUAGCUUCUGUUGUUGAGUAUUUAAUUACUGCUAUUACUAUUGUUGUUGUUGCUGUUCCAGAAGGACUUCCUUUAGCUGUUACUAUUUCAUUAGCUUAUUCAAUGCAACAAAUGAUGGCAGAUAAUAAUUUGGUAAGACAUUUGAAAGCAUGUGAAAUUAUGUCUAAUUGUAGUAAUAUUUGUACAGAUAAAACAGGAACUUUAACUGAGAAUAGAAUGACUGUUGUUAGAGGAUGGUUUGGAGGAGAAGUUAUGGAAAGAGAUAAGUCAUUAGAUCUCAACAACACUAAACUUGGUGAGGAAGUUUAUAAUAAUAUUUCAUGUAAUAAAUCAAUUUCUUCUGCUGUUUAUAUGGAAGAUGGAAUUCUUAAGACUAUUGGAAAUAAGACUGAAUGUGCACUUCUUGGUUAUUGUUUAAAACAAAAUAUUGAUUAUGAAGCUCGUUAUACUAAAUUGUCAUCAAUCAUUUAUCAACAAUUUGCAUUUUCAUCAGCAAGAAAAAGAAUGUCUACUAUUAUUUAUAAUGAAGACAAAAGUCUUCAUAUGUUCUUAAAAGGUGCACCAGAAGUUAUUCUUUCUAAAUGUUCUAAAUAUAUGAAAAAAGAUGGAACUACUGUUAUUUUAACUGAAGAUGACCGUAAAACACUUUUAGAUUUCCAACUUUCAUGUGCUAAUCAAGGAAUGAGAACAUUGUCAUUAGCUGUUCGUGAUUUAUCUCCAAAGAAUCCAUCUAAUUUAAAUGAAAAAUAUGAAGAAUCUCCAGAAGAAGAUUGUACAUUGUUAUGUGUCUUUGGUAUUGAAGACCCAUUAAGACCAGAAGUUAUUGAUGCAGUAGCAAGUUGCCAUAGAGCAGGUAUUACUGUUAGAAUGGUUACAGGAGAUAACAUUGCAACUGGAAGAUCAAUUGCUAAACAAUGUAAAAUCAUUGAGAGUGAUUCUGAUUUUUGUAUUGAAGGACCUCAAUUUGCUAAACUUACAGAUGAAGAAGUUGAUAAUAUUCUUCCAACAUUAAGAGUUAUUGCAAGAUGCUCUCCACAAGAUAAAAAAAGACUUGUUAAUAGACUUAUUCUUCAUGGAGAAGUUGUUGCAGUUACAGGAGAUGGAACAAAUGAUGUACCAGCAUUGAAAGAAGCUGAUGUAGGACUUGCUAUGGGUAUUAGAGGAACUGAUGUAGCUAAACAAGCAUCAGACAUUGUUAUUUUAGAUGAUAAUUUCAAUUCAAUUGUUAAGGCUGUUAUGUGGGGUAGAUGUGUUUAUGAUAAUAUUAGAAAAUUCCUUCAAUUCCAAUUAACUGUUAACGUUGUUGCUCUUGCAUUGUGUAUUAUUGGAGCUAUUACUAAGAUGGGAUCUCCAUUAAAAGCACUUCAAAUGUUAUGGGUUAAUAUGAUUAUGGAUACAUUAGCUGCAUUAGCACUUGGAACAGAAAAACCAACACCAUCUCUUUUAAAUAGAAAACCAUUUGGAAGAAAGGCAUCUCUCAUUUCAAUUAAUAUGCUUAGAAAUAUAGUUACACAAGCUAUUUAUCAAUUAUUUGUUCUUUUAUUCUUAUUGUAUUGUGGUAGAGAACUUACAUUCCUUAAUGCACCAUGUGCUUACAUAGAUCAUGGUGAUUUUGGACAAUAUAAAUGUGCUGAUAAUAAAUUGCAUAGUAUUAAUGAUAUUGAAAAAGAUACUACUACUAUUCAAACAAUGAUUUUCAAUGCCUUUGUUUUCUGUCAAAUCUUUAAUGAAAUUAAUUCAAGAAAAGUUAAUGGAGAAAUUGAUGUAUUUGAAAAUAUUUUCUCAAAUUAUAUGUUUGUAGGUAUUGUUUCAAUGACUGCUAUUGUUCAAACUCUCAUUGUUGUAUUUGCAGGUCCAAUCUUUUCAGUAACUCCAUUCCCAGGAAUUGGAAUUAUCCAAUGGAUUACAUGCCUUGUUCUUUCUAGUUUAUCCCUUGUUAUAGGACAAUUGGCUAUAAGAUAUUUAACAGAAACACAGAUUCUUCAAAUAAAAGAAAAUUUCUUUGGAAAAGCUAAGAGUGAUUAA